GGGAGAGAUGUUGGUGCCAGUCCACUUCCUGCUGUUGCUGCUGCUCCUUGGGGGCCCAAGCACAGGCCUCUCUCACCAUUACUACAAAGCCAAGCCUCUCUUUAGUUGCCUCAACACAGCCCUGUCUGAGGUCAAGAAGGGCCCUCCAGAAGAUGCGCUCCUGAUGAGCAAGAGGAGCUUCCACUAUCUGCCUGUCCAAGACCCAUCUUCAGGAGAAGAAGAGGAGGCGGAGGAGAAGGAGGAGAGGAAGGACAAGGAGAGAAGGACUUUCCCUGGCUCCAGGGGUGGAGGUGGGGCUGGCAGUGCCCGAUACAAAUACCUGUCCCAGCUUAGGGGGAAGCUGGACCAGGACAAGGUCAAGAGUGAUCGGCAUACCAAGUUCACUCUGUCCCUUGACGUGCCUACCAACAUCAUGAACAUCCUCUUCAACAUUGCCAAGGCAAAGAACUUGCAAGCCAAGGCAGCUGCCAAUGCCCACCUCUCCAAAGUUUCUGCUGUUCUCACUGAUUGCCACUACAUGCCCAAAUCUGGCUACUUCAUACAUUUCGAUUGUUAA